CUGGGAACUAGCGUAAGCAGCAGCUAAUUGUUUUGUGACACUAAUGAAGGGAGGGUAAGGAAACGAGUUAAGAGUUUCUGAAGUACACAAGCAAAUGAAGUCACCAUCUCUGAUCCCCUUCCAACGCGCCAGGUCUUGAUAUCUCAUCUGAGGCCCUGAGACAGUACGGCGCAUUAAAAGCAGGUUAAUUUAUUGCGCCAGAAUGGGGAGCGGCCAGCCUGUGACCGUGAAAAUCAAGGCGGAGGCCAUGGAGGCUGACGGAAAUGAAGGUGACCUUACUGCGAGCAUCCAAAGAUAUCUUCACGCAUCAACGUUCUCUGACUUGACAAUAGUCACCAGGGACCAGGAAUUUGAAGUGCACAAAGUGAUUGUCUGUGGGCAGUCAGAAUUUUUCUCUCGGCUUUUCAGCCACAAAUGGAGAGAAGUCACAGAGAACGUUGUACGACUAGAGUACGACGAUCCCAGGGCCAUAGAAGCAAUGAUUCACUUUUUCUAUGGAUUCAAUUACGAUAGCAGUGGUAGUGAACAAGGUCGAACCUCCCCAAUGCUCUUCAACGUCAAAGUUUACCAGAUAGGUGACAAAUAUGGCAUUCCUAAGCUCAAAGCGCAAGCGAAGGAGAAGUUUUCGGUUGCUAUAACGACAUGCUGGGAAAUGGAUGACUUUCCCAUUGCUAUCGCAAGCGCAUAUUCCACUACGAGUUCCGCAGAUAGAGGUCUUCGGGAUCUUCUUGUUAGCACAUCUUUGAAACAUAUCAAUGACUUGUUGAAGAAUGACGAUUUCAAUCAAGUCUUAAGGGAAACUCUGGGCUUCGCGGCUGACCUUGUACAGAGCCAAGAUCAUCCAGUCAGCACAGUAACCUAUCAAUGCCCUAGCUGUUCUAUGGAUUGGAGCCUACAGAGUUCUGCGAAGGCCAAGUAUUGUCCGUUAUGUUCAUACAGUACUGACUGGAGACGGAAUAUUAAAAAGUGAUAUUUGGGCUUUUAUCGAAGUUUUUGUCUUUUUUUUAUUUUUUUGAAAUUGAUACGAACAAGGAACAUGCUACCAAUUCAUUAUCAAGGACCACCACCGCUUGUAGUAAGCAAAAGUUUGCCCAAAGUGGGCUGUUCCUGCAGAAGUAUCUCGAACUCUCUGUUAUGCAGAAAUAAUCGGAUGUGCUGAGUAGCAUAAUGACACAACAUUCUGAUUAGAUUCUCGCACCGUCCAGUGCCCGCGCGGAGGGCAAAGUCAAACAACCGAACAAUAU